GCAUCCUCAUUUGUCAGUGGGUAUCAAGGAGAUUAUACAGAGCGUUUUCAGCUAAACCGUCCACCAUCAAAGUGUCUGGGUUUAAAAGAGAAAACGUCAUCGUUUGUUUUCUUGUGAUCAGCAUCAUUUGAUCCACAGCCGGGGGGGAGGCGGUACGGUAUUAGGUAUAUCACGACAAAUGGGACGUCACGGAUAGAGGCUAUCGGGUGUGAAAUAUUGACAAGAAAAACUGGCGGGCUUACGUCCUCCUUUCACACAUGCUCACAGAACGUCAGAGGACGGCGUAGAGAAGCGGGCGCGUGUUAGUACCCUCCGCUGACAAAAGUGCAGUGUCGUGUCUGAAAACGUCUCAUUGUAGACUGUUGUGGAUAAUGCAGCUGAGAUGGCAGCAAUACGGGAGUACUGGUUCUUCGUUCUGUUGGUAAACCUGACGGCUCAUACAUGGACCGCAGUGGCACAGACAACCAACGGCCCCAUAGUCACAACACUGCAGGGUAGACUACAGGGGAAGGUACUGGAUGUCGGGGGGAGGACCGUCAACGCCUUCCUCGGGAUUCCCUACGGGGCACCUCCCGUGGGGCCUCGAAGAUUCAAGCCGCCCAUCGCGGCGGAGCCGUGGAACGGCAUCUACAAUGCAUCGUCGUAUCCAAACACCUGCAUGCAACUCCCGGAUACCACGUUUCCAGGAUAUAAGGGAGCGGAGAUGUGGAAUCCGAACACUCCGGUGAGCGAGGACUGCCUGUACCUGAACGUGUGGCAGCCGUCACCAGUCCCAGUAGGUGCCACGGUCAUGGUGUGGAUCUACGGAGGGGGCUUCAUGUCGGGAACGUCGUCUUUGGAUGUGUACGACGGAAGGUACCUCGCCGCCACGCAGGGCGUCAUCGUAGCCUCCAUGAACUAUAGAACGGGGGCGAUGGGAUUUCUGUCGCUGGGGAACUCUGAAGCACCCGGUAACGUGGGACUCAUGGACCAGAACCUGGCUCUCACGUGGAUCAAAGAAAACGUCGCAUCCUUCGGGGGCGCCCCGAACAAAGUGAGCAUAUUCGGGGAAAGUGCGGGUGCGGCUAGUGUGAGCUACCACCUGUUGUCGCCCAUGAGUAAAAACUUGUUUCAGAGAGCUAUUAUGGAGAGCGCGUCGGCGUUGUCUCCCUGGGCACUGCUCUCGGACACAGAGGCAUACAGACGAGGGAUUGAGCUCGCCAAGGCCGUGGGUUGCUCCACGGACUCAGACUUAGAAGAAACCAUCGAGUGCAUGAGAGGAGUUCCCGCGCAAACCAUCAGCGAUAACGAAUGGGUCGUAUGGGGUCUUUGCCAGUUCCCGUUUGCCCCCAUUGUGGACGGAAACUUCAUCAGAGAGCAUCCGACACAAUCACUUCAAACUGGCAACCUCAAACAAACGGAUGUCAUGGUCGGGUUCAAUAACGACGAGGGGGUGUACUUCUUACUGUACGGAGCCCCUGGCUUUAGCAAAGACACGCGGAGUCUCAUCACACGUGAACAGUACCUUGAAGGCAUCAAGAUGUCGGUGAUCGGUAUAAACGAUAUUUCAGUGGACGCUCUAUCUUUCCAAUACAUAGACUGGGUCAACUUUGACCAACCCUCCAUGUACCGGGACGCUAUAGACGACCUUUCGGGGGACUACAACUUUAUCUGCCCGGCUUUGUCGUUCGGAAAAGCGAUGGCGUCCCUGGGAAGAAAGACAUACCAGUACAAGUUUGUUCACCAGGCUUCCAACCUCCCGUGGCCCAAGUGGACUGGUGUUAUGCACGGCUACGAAUGCGAGUUCGUGUUCGGGCUUCCGACCGACCAGAAGAACAACUACACGCAAGAAGAGGCGGUGUUUGCCACGGAGAUUAUGACGUAUUGGGCUAAUUUUGCAAAGACAGGUAAUCCUAACAAACAGACCCUGGAAGACCCUGCGCCGGACGUAUGGCGACCGUACACAGACGAGGGACAGGAGUAUCUCAUCCUGGAUGUAGGGGGGAACCGGAUGGCCAAUGGCCCAAGGUCAAAGUCCUGUGCAUUCUGGGACAACUAUCUGUGGGAGCUUGACAGGAAAACUGAUGACCUGAUGGAACAAGCCCAAUCCUGUUCCAACGGAGCCGAAAUUCCACGAGCUUCUACCUGUACAGCCAUAUUCAGCACCGCCAUCUUGCUAUUAUUACUCAACAGCGCCACCACGUUGCUGUGAGGGAACUGCAUGAUGAACAUUGUAAAUAAAGAACCGAUAAAGAAAAAGCAACACAUUCUUCUUGUUAGAAAGCUAAUGACAAAUCCGGCAAGGAUGAUUUCUAGAAACAUUUGGCAAAGGCAGUAAAGUUAGAAUGACAUAGAUUUCGGUACAAGAUUGUUAGAGGUGUUUUAUUUUGAAGAUAUGUCAGUGCUAAAUUUAGAACAUCAAGUCAAAUUUACAGCUUUUGGGGCCAAUUCACAAGAUUUUCAUAGUAUUGGUGUAACAGGAUAAAGAUGUUUUAGUUGCCUCUUUUGUAGUCAUAAUGAUGAAACAUUGUUUAUUAAAAUUAACAUAGAUGCUAUGAAUAUAGAGACAGAUUAAAUUAAGAGAUUGAUGGAUAUGAAGAAAUUACAAACUAGUGAAAGUGCAAGGUUUAAAAAACAUCGCAUUAACUUGACAGCCCUUUUUGUAGAAAAAAAAUCAUUUACCUGCUUGCCUAAACUAAGAUAAAGACUGAUUCUACUAUUCUACAGAGACGUAAAUAUUUACAGUCAAUAACAUCACUUCACUGCCAACCAUAAUUGUUUACUACAACAGUAACAUCUUUACUAGGAUUUGUAGUACAUGUAUUACUUGAAACCUGACUACCUUGUGUUAUACGAAGAUAAUGUACGAUAUUUAUAUCUUAACAUGAAAUGUAUGGAAUCCGAUGUGAUAUAGAUAUAAACGUACUAGGUACAAAUGCC